AUGGAGUACCUAUCAAGAAAGCUCAAUUUUCUCAAGAAUGAUGGCUUGUUUAAGCACCACCCUAAAUGCUCGAGACUGAAUAUUACACAUAUGUUUUUUGCUGAUGACCUUAUUUGGUUUGGGUGGGCUGAUAUGAGUUCUAUUGCUACAUUACACAGUUGCCUUCAGGAGUUCAGCAGUGUUUCUGGAUUGGAAACAAAUCCAAAUAAAUGCUCUGUGUAUAUAAGUGGUGUUGAUGAAAAUCUUAAGGCUCAGAUUUGCUUAUAUCUGAAUUUUUCAGAAGGUAUAUUGCCAGUAAGAUACUUGGGAAUGCCUCUUAUUACAAAGAGGUUGUCUUGGUUGGAUUGUUCUCCCCUUAUUAGCAAGAUAUCUGAGCAGUUUCACAGCUAG